AUGGACCUGUCCAUUGAUAUUGAUGGGGUUCAUGUUAAGCCUUCUUCAACCAUCCGUAAUCUUGGUGUCUUAUUCGACUCCACUCUAUCUUUUGCCUCUCAUAUUUCUUCUGUUGUUAAAAACUCAUUUUUUCACCUCCGCAACAUUGCCCGUCUUCGACCUUCUCUCACCUUAGGUGACGCUGAAAUUUUAACCCAUGCAUUGAUCACAUCACGUCUGGACUAUUGCAAUGCACUGUUUCUUGGUCUGCCUAAAAAACUCAUAGCAAGGUUACAGUAUGUUCAAAACUCGGCAGCAAGAGUUCUCACCUCCACCAGGCGUUCUGCUCACAUUACACCACUACUGCAUGAUCUUCACUGGCUACCUGUGGAGUCACGCAUUCACUUUAAGAUAUUGCUUCUCACAUUUAAGGCAUUACAUGGUCUUGCACCUCCAUACCUGUCUGACCUUCUUUGCCCCUAUUCUCCUGCCCGGCCCCUCAGAUCAUCUGAGCUUGGUCUUUUGUCCAUUCCCCGGUUUCGUCUGACCACUGUAGGUGGAAUCUUAUGGAAGGUGUCGUGCGCUCCCUUUGGCUUCGUUCUGAUCCAAGAUCAGAAGACCUGGCAGGAGGCUCAAUCAUACUGCAGAGAGAAACAUCAAGACCUGGUCACCGUUCAAAGCGAUAAAGAUCGCUCCAUGAUCCAGAAGCUAUCAGAUGAGAUGAAUUUGACCUCUUUUGCUUGGGUUGGGCUGUACGACGGCAUGAGCGUUUGGCAUUGGUCUCUUCAGAACGAGCUGAUAAGCUUUAAGAUGUGGGAAUGGUGGGAACCAAACAUGGGCAAGACAGAAGAAGCUUGCGCAUCUCUAAACAUGUUUGGAAAAUGGAGUGACACAAGCUGCCAUGAAUACAAAUAUUUCUUUUGCUACAAUGAAAACAGCAUGACAGAGUUUGAGUUGAUCAGAAUCUCACUGACCUGGCGUAAUGCUCAAAAUUACUGCAAAACACACUACACAGACCUGGCCACCAUAAAAAGCAGCACUGUGAACACAGCACUGGCGAGCAUCAUUUUUGGGGGCGGUAUAUGGGACGCCUGGAUCGGCUUGUCCAAGAACACGUGGCUGUGGUCUGACGGGACUCAAGUAUCGCUGGUCUCCUUGAGAUGGAUCGACACACAGCCUGAUAAUUUGGAUGGGAACGAGUCAUGUGGGUACGUCCGUGCCGACGGAGCGAUGGGUGACGACGUGUGCUCGGCUCCACAUCCGUUCUUUUGCAUUGAGUUCAGAAAACAGCAGACGUUGAGAAUGGCCGUGAAAGCAGACGAGAAUCUGACAGAGAUUGCAGUGAUGAUGGCUGUAGAAGAGAUGAUAAACCAGAUCCUCUUAGAGAAGGGGAUGGACGCUGGAUCCAACAUAACCUGCAGACUGAAUUCAGAUGAAAAAAUCUACAGCGAUGUCAAAGAAGAUUCAGCAGAACCAACACAAUGUAAACAGACCAUUUAUUAGAUGUACUCACGUCUGUAAAUAAUCAGACCAUAUGUGUUUCAUUUCAAUAUAAACACAUCCAUCUAAAUCUUUGAAAGCAUUUGGUUUUAAUGUAUCAUUGUUUAGAAAUAUUAUAUU